AUGUCCGCACAUGUCCGCGAGGCAUUCGACUUGCCGUCUUGGCCUUUACGGAUGGAGAUGACCGAUACAGCACCUUCCAAAUACUGCUGUAUGUCCGUAAGCGUAGGAACUCCUUCCAGGCACAGAGUACGGAUAGGUACUCUAGACACAAGAAGACCAAGACGGGGACAAGAUGGGGAAGGCAUGGGCUGGAAUUAG